GCAGAAUCUGCCGGAAGUGACGUCCUAUCCGUCUUCCGCUUCCUUCCGUGCCCGAGUCAGAAAUGGCGGUGCCGGCUUCCAACACUAACAAUCCUAUCGUGUUCUUCGAUGUCAGUAUCGGGGGACAGGAAGUUGGUCGAAUGAAGGUGGAGCUUUUUGCAGAUGUUGUACCAAAAACAGCAGAAAAUUUCAGGCAGUUCUGCACCGGAGAGUUCAGGAAAGACGGUGUUCCCAUUGGGUAUAAAGGAAGCACCUUUCACAGGGUAAUAAAAGACUUCAUGAUCCAAGGAGGAGACUUUGUUAAUGGUGACGGCACAGGAGUGGCCAGCAUUUACCGAGGACCAUUUGCAGAUGAGAACUUUAAGCUCAAGCACUCCGCACCCGGUCUUCUCUCCAUGGCCAACAGCGGCCCCGGGACGAACGGCUGCCAAUUUUUUAUCACUUGCUCGAAGUGUGAUUGGCUGGACGGGAAACAUGUGGUUUUUGGUAAAAUCAUCGAUGGUCUCCUAGUAAUGAGAAAAAUUGAGAACGUACCCACCGGCCCCAACAAUAAACCCAAACUUCCGGUGAUCAUUGCCCAGUGUGGAGAAAUGUGAUGGCAGAUUCCCUUCCCCAGCCCGGUGUUGUGUCACAGGAAGACUGAGAGGUUUGUGUUGUGUUUAUACAGGUAAUACAGUAACCCAUAACUACACAUAAGGAGCCUUCCAUGAGGAUCUGGCUGUUACGGAGAGGUCUUGUCUGAAGGACUGCGUUCUUGGGAAUUAAUGGACUUCUUGUCGCAAUUGUCCGUGACCAUGCUUAUUAUUUUCUUGUUAAAAUCUGAUAUUUUUUGUACAUCUUUUUCUAAUUAAAGAAGAAAACCGUUA